GUUAUUGACAGUUCCUGAAAAAUUAAGAAUCUGUAAUUUGUAUUUAUUGAAAUUAUUUAGAUUUGUUACAAAUAUUUAGUGUAUACGAUGGAAUACGAAAAUGAUGAAGAUGAAAUUGCGGAAGAGAUACCGGUUUUUCUAUCUAAAAAUCUUCAGGAUAAUUUGUAUCUGUUUCAAUAUCCAACGAAAACACAAGUCUCGAAUUUUGAAAGAGCGGCAGUAGUGAAUUGUUGUGUAAAACCUCUCAAUCAUGAAGUAAAAGUUGAUUUUGCUUUAGACACAGAGUCCCAAUUCUAUGAUCGAUUCAAAGGUGAACAACUGGCAUUAGCUGCCGAUGGAAAAUCACAGGCCAAGGGUGAAAGACCCACUUUUAAAAGAGGUGUUAUGGAUAAACAAGCAUUUGUUAGUUCUACCUCACUGGACGAUGUCAACAAAUAUAUAGUGGGCAUAUAUACGGAUAAGGAGAUUCAUCUGUCUCCUUUGACUUCAAUCCUACAGUUGAGACCUUCAUUUUCUUACUUUGACAAAGAAGAUAAACGCAACAAAGCCGAACAAAAGGCUCUUAAUGAAGAGGAUGACGAUGAGGAGCUUCAACAGGUCACUGUCAAAUUUGCACGAACAGGUGGUAAAAAGGUCAAAGAGCGCCAGGGAUACGAUACGUUUGUAAAGAAAAGCGUGGAUGAACCUUGGUGUGAAACUUAUUGGCAUUCACGAACAUCUCCAACAGCUGAACUGGAACGUCAAAAAUUAUUUGCUACUAAUAGGCAAGGAAGUCAUGCUUUGGGUUUAGAUACACCAAAAUAUGUCGAAAAACUACUGCCAGCCGAGGGCCAAGAUCAAGGCAUAGAUGCUGUUUUGCCAGCUAGAGUUAUAAGUAAAGCGAAAUUGAAAUCUAUGAACUUGAUGGAACAGCUUAAAGUUAUACUCAAAGAUGCAAAAAUGUUAUCAUUCGACGAUAUAAUGGGCAUUUUACAAGAAAGUAUAGACCAAAAAAUUACCGCUGAACGGGUAUUAAGAACAUUGCCACAAGUUGGUAUUUUAAUACAUGGUAACUGGGUGCCCCAAUCAGAAAUUCUAUAUCCAAAUGAAACACUAUCCAACGCCAAUGGUGUUAAAUCCGAACUUAUGAUAAGAGCUCGUGAUUAUGUGUUGUUUCGUUUUUCCCGUACAAAUAGUCUUUAUCGACGUCAGGUAAUUUUUGCCACCCAACUGCCGCCUGAAGAAGGUUCGGAAGUUCUACAAUCGGUUGCCAAAUUAAAUUCUGACAAAAAAUGGGAACUUCUGUUGGCACCCGACACACAGUUCGAACAACGUUAUCCUGAUUUAGUACAGCGACAAGAAAUGGUAUGGCGGGCCACCGAGCAAACAUAUAAUGAGAUGGAUUAUGAAAAAUCUCCUAAGAGAUCCAGAAAAAGAUCACAACGAGAUUCAAAAACAUUCUCGAGCUCGUCUAACAUUAACCCGGAUCAAAGUACAAGUUCAACAACUACAGCUAUGUAAAACAUGAUUUUUGUAUUUUUGACUAUAUAUUAUAUUAUAAAAAUAAAUCAUAAAAGAUAUAAAAAAUAAAGAAAAAAUCCUUUAAAUUCUACAAAAAAUCAAA